ACUCAGCAGAAACAUUCCAAAUGCUCAGAGUACCCGUCUUUUUUGCAGGUUGAAACCUGAGUGGAGAUUUGAAGAAAAGUGAAUUAGGUCGGCCAGUUUCUUUUAGAGGAUCAUCCAAACAGUUUCACAGCACCUGUUCUUCAGCCCCAUCCUGCUGAGCUGGUCUUGGUAAGUGGCACCCAACGUGGGGCACGCAGGCACGAAGAACGAAGGACCGCGACGACAGCAGAAUUUUUAUUCACUAGAAGUGCUGUGGAGCCCUGAGAAGAAGGGAGGAAUUUUGGGUGACUACGCUAAAGAAAUCCUGCAGAUACGUUCCCUUUCUCAGUAUAUCACUCCAUGAUGAAUUCUUCCAAAUCAGCCUAUUCAGAUUACUUUGGCAGAAUCCAUGGAAUUCUACUGUAUAAAAAAUUUAUCGAAUAUUGGAAUGAUGUGGAGACGUUUGAGGCAAGACCAGAUGACCUUGUCAUUGUCACCUAUCCCAAAUCUGGCACAACGUGGGUUAGUGAAAUUGUGUACAUGAUUUAUACAGAGGGCAAUGUGGAAAAGUGCAAAGAAGAUACCAUUUUUAAUCGAAUUCCUUACCUGGAAUGCAGAACUGAAAAUGUAAUGAAUGGAGUAAAACAAUUAAAACAGAUGGCAUCUCCUAGAAUAGUGAAGUCUCAUCUGCCACCUGAGCUUCUUCCAGUCUCGUUUUGGGAAAAGAACUGUAAGAUCAUCUAUGUUUGCCGGAAUGCCAAGGAUGUGGUCGUUUCUUAUUACUAUUUCUUUCUAAUGGUGACUGCUAAUCCAGAUCCUGGUUCUUUCCAAGAUUUUGUGGAGAAGUUCAUGGAUGGAGAAGUUCCUUAUGGUUCCUGGUAUAAACAUACAAAAUCCUGGUGGGAAAAGAGAACGAAUCCACAAGUGCUGUUUAUUUUCUAUGAAGACAUGAAGGAGAAUAUCAGAAAAGAGGUAAUGAGAGUGAUAGAAUUUCUGGGAAGGAAGGCAUCAGAUGAGCUUGUGGACAAGAUUAUAAAACAUACUUCAUUCCAAGAGAUGAAGAACAAUCCAUCUACCAAUUACACAACACUUCCAGAUGAAGUCAUGAACCAAAAAGUAUCUGCCUUUAUGAGAAAGGGGAUUGCAGGAGACUGGAAGAAUUACUUUACAGUAGCCCUGAAUGAGAAAUUUGACAUUCACUAUGAGCAGCAAAUGAAGGGGUCUACACUGAAGUUACGAACAGAGAUCUAGGAAAGUUUUUGUGGUCACAUCUGAGAUUAAAGUGUUAUCACUUCUUUCCUCUGUUAUUUCAGACUGGUGGAGAAUGAAUCAGGCUAAAAAGAUCAUGGUUGAGUUCAUGUGAUUUUUGAGAUCUUCAUAUCAAAAACAAGAAAGAUUUUUUUACCCUGUUAUCUGUUUUAAUUUUGUUUCCUUUCUUUUUUACAAAUAUUGCAAAAAUCUAUAACCUGUGAGAAUGACGUGGGAACACACAAAUUGUUCAAGUUGUUAGAGCCUCAUCGAAAAUAACCAAGCAUUCCAAAUUCUUUAAUUGUGUGAUUACUUUUUUCCAUUUAUUGGUACAUUUAGUAUAUACAACAUACAUAUAUAUACAUAUACACAUAAAUAUAUAUUAAUAACUGAACAUGGAUUUUGAAAACCUUGUUGGAAAAAAUUAAAGAAUAAUUAAAUAUGAGGGCAUAACUAGAUCUAUUAUUUCCUUCCUGAUAUUUUCUUUCACCUUCUGCAAAAUGGCUUAAUUUGGAAUUUUAUUUAGUCUAAUGUAAAUGUGAGGCAUAACAGAACUGAUUUCCAGAUGUCUAUAAAUGAUCCCAAUGAGUGUUAUUUAUGCAUAAAUAUCUCCAAAUGAUUUGAAAUAUUUAUGUUCUAGAGUUCUUUCUGUUUUAUAUAACAAUACAAUACAAUGUUAUAAAUGUAAGCUCUGUAAACUAAAGUUUUUUUUAAUGUAUCUUUUUUAUGUAUCUUUUUUAUUACUC